GAGAGAUGGGCAGAGAAAAAUGAAUGGCGGAUAUCAAAUUUGAAUAAAUCUACGCCGUUCAAGUUUAUAUUCGUACAGUGUUCAGAUGGAAUCGUACAGUGUGUAAAUACCAUCAUUACUUUGCAUUAUUGUGGCUAUGUGUGGGUCAUGGUGGUGGAAAAGAACACUGAAUAGUACCUAGUGCCUUGUGCUUCCUGGAAUUCGAGUGGUGCGUACGGAUCUGCAGUGGGUCCCACGCUUCCACUUCAAUUUCUUCAGGUUACGGAUACCAUCAUGAUCUCCGGGUAGGUAAUGAGGAUUGUGGUGGCUUCCUUGUUUCUCUUUACAGGCGUUAUUGCCAGGCUGAUCUUCGGAUGAGAUGAGAUGAAGUUUGAGAUUAGAGAGAAAGUUUUUUGGGUUCAACAGCGUCUCCGUCUGCGUCAGUGUGUGGUGUUGGUGUUGGUGUCCUCUUGCUCUGCAUCUUUGUUGCUUCUCAUUCCCAGGGUGCGGGCGCUGCUAAUAUACUUUUGGCCUCUCCUGCUCUCUACUGCACUUUUUGUUGCUGCCCUACUCACCAUUGACGAAAGCAAAGUGGAAGAAAAGGAGGAGGAAGAAGAAGGGACAUGGCAACAAGAUCUUGAACAUGUUGUGCAGGCAUUUCCUCAACUAGAGAGAGAGAGGUCCAUCAUAGAGUGCGUAGCAGAGCAGCACGAGGGCGGGAUGCUCCACUUUGAUACGCUUUUUCUCCAGGCUAAUGGAGAAGAAGAGGAUGUUAAGGAGCAAUCCUUGCCAGAAAUGAGAGAAGAAAAGGGAGAUCAAUCUUCAGUUAGUACCCACAAGGAAGCAUGAUACUGGGUCAUGACAAAUGAUACGCCCUAUAGCGUGAGCAUCCGACCCCUGUUUUUGUUUCUAGAGCUUUACAGAAAAAUGAUAAAACUCAUAAAUAAGUGAACGCCUACUUGUUACUCUUUAUGUUUCUGCUCGUCAUGUAAUAAAAUCAUAACCACUUCGUUUAGCUGUUGCUCUGUAUUAAUUCAACUCAAAGCAAUACCACUAUGCUGCUCUUCUUUAUUGCC